AUGACUGGCUCAAAGCCCACUGCUCACGCGGCGUCCACGCUCAAGCUCUGGCAGCGCCUCCAGGACUUGAAGAUUGGAGGGUCAAAUUUGGUGCUCGAUGGUGAAAGCCUUGAUAUAUCCUCCAUUGUUGCCGUCGCUCGCCAUGGAGUUCUCCCCACCAUUAGCAGGGAUGAAGAACUUAUCCAAAAGCUGGGACAUAGUGUUGACGCCUUGAAAUUGUACCUGGAAAACGACACAGUCGUGUAUGGUGUCAACACAGGCUUCGGAGGCAGUGCGGAUGCCAGGACGAACGACUUGAUUGACCUUCAGAUUGGUCUCCUGCAGCACACGCAGAGUGCCAUCAUCACUUCCUUGGAUAAAGAUCCCCAGAGCAACUCGGAGAGAGAGCCCGGCCAUGUGAUGCCCCCUGAAUGGGUCCGUGGUGCAAUGGUCGCCCGGGUGAACCAGAAUCUUAGAGGUCACUCUGCUCUGCGGCUGGAGGUGCUGGAGAGCCUCCUUGCCAUGGUCAAGAAGGACAUAGUGCCUAUGGUGCCCCUCAGAGGAACGAUUUCUGCUUCAGGCGACCUGAUGCCAAUGUCAUACAUUGCGGGUGCCCUGACGGGGAAUCCGGAUGUGUUUGUCCAGGUUGGCAAAGGGAGGGACUGCAAGGUCGUCCCAGCCCCUGAGGCGUUGAAGAGCAGUGGUCUCUCGCCGUCUGGUCUAGGACCAAAAGAAGGUCUCGGUCUCAUCAAUGGGACGGCUCCAUCUGUGUCGGUUGGCAGUCUUGUGCUAUACGACGCACAGCAGCUUGCCUACCUUGCACAACUCCUCACCGCGUUUGCCUCCGAAUCUAUGGCAGGCAAUGUUGAGUGGGCGCAGCCGUUCAUCCAUGCGGUGCGGCCCCACGCGGGACAGGUCGAGGCCGCAAGCAACAUCCGGCGAGCGCUCCGCGGGUCGCAGUUUGUAGUUGGACUCGACUCACGGCGACGCAAAGGAGAAGGACUUUGGCAGGACCGAUACUCGACGAGAACGGCCCCGCAGUGGAUCGGUCCGUAUCUAGAGGAUCUGCUCCUCGCCCAACGACAACUUGAGGUGGAGCUUAAUUCCACCUCUGACAACCCCCUGGUGGAUGCUUCAGUGGCGGCAGAUGGAACUGUGGUAGGCGAUGUCUACUCCGGAGGCAACUUCCAGGCCGUUGCGGUCACCUCGGCGAUGGACAAGACGAGGCUGGCUCUGCAGAUGAUCGGUCGCAUGCUCUUCUCCCAAGUCACCGAGAUGAUCCAUCCUUCUACGAAUAACUUCUUGGAAGCAAACCUGAACGCCUCUGACAAGGAAAACUUCACUAUGAAGGGAAUCGACGUCAACAUGGCGGCGUACAUGUCUGAAUUGGCCGCACUGGCCCACCCGGUUUCGACCCAUGUCAUGUCUGCCGAAAUGCAUAACCAAGGCAUCAAUUCUCUAGCCCUUUUGUCUGCUAGACGAACCAUGGAAGCGGUCGACAUAGUCAAACACAUGUCCGCGUGCCAUUUGUAUGUAUGCUGCCAGGCUGUAGAUCUGCGGGCGACCCAAGUCUUGUUCCUUCAGACUUUGAAGGAGAAGACGCUCCUUGACGAGACCAAAGCUGGGGCCUUCCACCCGCUGGGGCUAUCGGCCGCAAACAUUCAACGGCUUGCUGAAAAGACCUAUCCAGUUGUUGAGGAGGCAUGGAAAAACGCGAAUCUGGGCUCCUGGAAAGAGCGAAUCCCAUUCGUUGAAAAGGCCGUGAUGGCGCCCGUCGUCGAGUUCUUGGGUGAUCUGGACGUGGAUGUCUCCGUGUCUCGAGUCUCGGCUUUCCGAUCCCACUUUACAAGUGUUGUCGCUGCGACUGCGUCCUCCAUAUACUAUCCCAACUUGGCCACGAAACCAUCGAUGGUGGCAACACAGUUGGGCGAUGGAACUGCUCCGCUCUACACGUGGAUUCGUUCCAGACUCCAAGUACCCAUCCACUGUGGCAUCGACGACGAUCCCCUCUAUGCUGCAACGAACGGCCUGCCUACUGAGGGAAAGAAGACCAUCGGAAGCUGGGUCAGCAUUGUGUACGAGAGUCUGUCAAGGGGCGAGAUAGCAGAUUUGGCGAUGGCAACACUGGGAGGCCUGACCAAGGCGCCGAGGACGGAGCAGGAGUUUGAGCGACUGUGCCUGGAGCUGAAUGGCCUUCACGUAAAUGGUACCAUCAAUGGGAACUAG